AUGUCAAUCAGAAGCCAACAUAAGCCUUAUUUAGAGACAAAGGAGGUGAUAUGGGCUCAAUCAGUAUUACAGGAGAAGAGACAGUUGACAUUCGCUACGCUGGAGGAGUGGAGGAAUGGUGUGUUGCUGAUCGCUACGUUGGAGAUUAUAACGGGUAAACGAAUCGCUCGUUGUUAUCCGAAUCCAAGGAGCAAGAUACAGAUGAUUGAUAAUAUCAACAUUGCAAUCAAAUUCAUGGCCGACAAUAAUAUUAUGAUUGCCAAGUGUUCGCCGCAGGACUUUGUCGACGGCAACUACAAGGGCAUACAGAGUGUCAUCUAUCGAUUGUACUUGGUGGCCAGUGGGCGACAUGUGGCCAACUCGGGUGCUGCCGGUGGCUCACCCCUGUCCGCCGCCCCAGCCGGCUCGCGUAGGAGUCUAAGCAUACUCAAUGUGGCCAGUCACGACACAAUGGAGAGCUUCUUCAACAGUCCAACCAGACCAACAAGUCACAGCGUCAGUCAGCCAUCCUCACCUUUAUCAUCACAGUACACCAACACACCAGCACCAUCAAAGCCUCGUAGCGAGCUACAUGCCACAAGGAUUGGAAACCUCCUGAAGCUUGAUGCCGCACUCACACUUACAUCCACCAUCUCCACGUCAUCAUCAUCAUCGCAAUCACCUUCCAAUGAUGAAGCCACACCAACACCAAUCCAAACAUCAUCACCACUGGUCACAGAUGAUCAGCCACAACCACUGCCACAGCCACUGCCACAGCCACUACCAGAGCCACAACCACUACCAGAACAAGAGCCACAACAAAUACCGCCACAGAUUGAACAAACACCAAUCAUUGAACAAGCCACAUCCACAGACACAAACACAGACAUAACAACUACAUCGACAUUACCCAUUCUGACCCAUCAAGAGUCGUUAGAGGACAUAUUACAUUAUUUCAAAGUGAAGCAAGCCAAACAACAACAGGAGCAGGCAACACAACAACAAGAUGAACAUCAACUGAUACAACAUCAACAUGUCGAUGAAGUAGUAGUUGAGGAGAAGGAGGAACAGCCAGAGAUUCAACAUCAUCAGUUGAUUGCUGUGGAGGAGGAUGUUAUGGCAACAAAACUCUACGCAAUCGAGGAGUCUAUUCAAGGUUACUACAUGGAGACAGCAGAGGAGGUGAAUGUGGAUGAUGAACCAUCAGCCAUCAAGGAACAACUACUCAAUCAGUUGGAUGAGCUUGAGGAUCAAUUUGUACAAGAGUCUACACCAGUCUUGGUGCAGGGGCAACAGGAACAGCCACCAACUACACAGAUAGACAUCUGGAAGAAGAGACAGACCAACAGACCAGCAUCAGUGAUUGGUGGAUUGAAUAUUGGUCGUGCAAGGAAUAGUGUAAUGGUUGAUGUAUCACAGAUAUCUGGUGCUGGAGCGAUUGAAGAGACUGCACAGGCUGGUCCCAAGGCCUGGUCGUCGGCCAAGGUCGACGCAUCGAAUGAGGCCGAGCGUCCCAAGCGCAAGCCACUUCUCACCGUCGUCAACAAGGUCGAUGUCUCCAAAUACGACUCUGACGACCUCGAGCCAACAAUCAUCAAGUGUCAAUGCUAUGUCCGUAGAUGGCUCGCACGCAGGGAGUUGAAACUCAGACUGAAACACAACAUACAUCGUAACAAAUGCUUCAAGGAGAUACUGUCCACAGAGGAGAACUAUGUGGCGGCGAUAGAGAUGAUUGUGAAGGUGUUCUAUCAGCAGCUGGUGUGGAACUUGAAGGUGUCACCCAACCCUUAUCUGACGCAGGAGAGCAUCAACACGAUCUUCUCAACAGUCAAUGAGAUCUACCGCUUCAACACCGAGCUGCUGAGCAGUCUGCGAGCACGCGCCACUCACUGGAGUUCACAUCAAAAGAUUGGCGACAUCUUUGUCAAGCUAGCACCCUACUUGAAGCUGUACAAGACAUACUGCCUCAACUAUGACGCAGCCAUCGAGUGCCUACAGCGCGCCAAGAAGAGCUCGGAGAAGUUUGGCAUGUUCAUUAAGGCAUGUCUGGAGCAUCCCGAGAACCCAAUGAAGCAGAGCCUCGAGACCCUGUUCAUCACAGUCGUCCAACGCAUACCGCGCUACAUCCUUCUACUGCAGGACAUGUACAGACACACGUGGCGCGAUCAUAUCGACUAUGACGACCUGGGCACGGCUCUCAAGCACGUGCAGACCGUGGCCGAUGAGGUGAACACUUCGAUCAAGUUCUCCGAGUCGCAGACGCGUGUGCUGGACAUCCAGCGCUCGCUCACCGGCUGGGAGGAGCCGUUCGACCUGGUCAACCCAUCGCGCCACUUUAUCAAGCAGGGCAUCAUCAACAUCUGUCGUCUGGACAGUCGCUUUGCCAAGGAUCUCGAAGAGGUGUCAUACUACGCAUUCAAUGAUGCAUUGUUGAUUGUUGAGCGCAAGGAUUCGACAAAAUGUCUGGUGCGAUACUUCUUCCAGCUGGCCAAGACACGAGUCAAGGAUGUAGAUGACAGUCAGGUGUUACAGAAUGCCAUCCACCUGAUCUCUGGCGAGAAGACCGCCAUGCUAUCCUUCCACACGCCUCAAUUGAAGAGAGCCAUGAUUGAUUUCAUCGAGAAGAGCAAGCUUGGCAAACGUGGAAUGACCUCACCAGACUUAUCAAAUCUAUCCAAUCAAUCACAAUCACAACCACAAUUACAAUCAAUGGGUAACCUUUCACUGCAACAUCUUCAACAUGAUGAGGGCGCAGAGUACAUUGUAAAGAUCAAAAAGACAGAGAGCAAGAAGGUCCCAGGCAAGAAACCAUUCACUGUAUAUAUUGUCGAUGUUACUAAUGAACGCAAUGGCGAAAUAACAUCUGCGGCCAAGAGAUACAGUGAGUUCGAUUCACUGUAUAAGAGGAUAAAGAGGAAGUUCCCCGAGGUGGACAUUCGCGAGCUUCCAAAGAAACAUUUGAUCAACUCAUUGGGCACGAGCACAGUGGAGUCACGUCGUGUGAUGCUCGAGGUAUUCCUCCAGGACCUAUUCCAGAAAGAACAUCUUCGCACCAGUGGUGUGCUGAUGGACUUCAUCCAGGACAAGUCAGCUGAUGUCACAUCUUCUUCCAAACUGCACAAGUCACGCUCCGAGUCAUUCAUCGAACAAAGAGGUUUGGCUGUGGGUGUUGCCACGACAUCAAUGGCGAGCAUCGAUAGCAGCAACAGCAGCAGUAGCAAUAGUCUGGCCAAUGGAAAUUUUGGAGUCAGUGGUGUUGGCGCGAGCAAGAAGAGCCACUUCAAUGACUAUAUCUACUACGAGAGUGAUGAGGAUGAUGUUGUAGUAUAA